AUACAGUCCACAGUAGCAUUUCUACUUCAUGCUGCUUGUUUGAAUUUUUAAAAUACAGUUUAAGAGGCUCUUCAUGGAGCAAUGUGAAGAAGAGGUGGGAAUGACCCCAAGAAUGACCCCCAGAAUGGCCAAAGCCCGCGCACUGCUGCAUCCCCACGCCCAGCACCUACAUCCCAUUGCUGUUGCCACCACGCCCAAGAGAAGAGCUGAGGGGGCUGCUAAAGGAGAUAAAGCCAAGGUAAAGGACAAACUACAGAGAAGAUCUGCAAGGUUAUCAGCUAAACCUGCUCCUCCUAAGCAAGAACCCAAGCCUAAAAAGGCCCCUGCAAGGAAGGGAAAAAAGGUACCCAAAGGGCAAAAGGGGAAAGCUGAUGCUGGCAAGCACGGGAAUAACCCUGCAGAUCAUGGAGAUGCCAAAACAGACCAGGCACAGAAAGCUGCAGGUGCUGGAGAUGCCCCGUGA